AUGGGUGAAGUAAAAGAAGAAUGUGGAUUGGAUGCCAUAUCUAUGAAAAAAAUUGGUGUUAUAGAUUUUGAGUAUGUUGGAUCAAAAGAAAUUUUGGAAGGUCAUGUAUAUUUAUGUGAUAAAUUUGAAGGUGACAUAAUUGAAUCUGAUGAAAUGGCGCCAAUAAAGUGGUUCAAAAUUAAUGAAUUUCCAUGCGACAUGUGGGUUGAUCAUAAAUUGUGGUUUCCUUUGGUAUUAAAAAAAAUUCCAUUUAAAGCACAUUUCAAGUAUUUGAAUGAUGAUACCAUCUUGGAUAGUACUAUCAAAUUAUUAAAUGUUGUCAAAAAGACUAAAGAAAUUUGGGUUAAUGUUACUAUUAAAAAAGAUAGUCAAAUACUUAUUUGUAAUAAUGUUGAAGAAUUUAAAAUCUUUGAACAGCAUGAAAAAGUAACAAAAGGAGAGUCUUUGGAAAAUGCCGCCUUGAGAUAUUUAAAAAGUAACUAUGAAAUAACUACAGAUGAAGUACAAAAAAUAGCAGUUGUUAAUGUUGAACUCACUGAUAUUCCACGUAUGAAAGAAAUUCAUAUGUUUGUUAUAGACGUCUCAAAACUAACCAAUUUUACACCAAUAAAUGAUAAUCAAUGGUUUGAUAUAAAUAACAUACCAUGUUGUGCCGAUAAAAAGUUUUUAUCAACAUUAUUUAUGAUGAAACCAUUUACAGCAUAUUUUCUCAUUGACAGUGAUGAUGUUUUAUGCAGCAAAUAUUACAACAAUUAAUCAACAUCGACUACAAGGUUCUUUCAAUAUAAUUCACAACAGUCAUUUAAACAGUUAAACAGUUUGCAGUAUAUGGAGUGUUAUUUACAUUAGAUUUACAUCACAUUAAGUUCUAUGAUACAUUUUUUGUAACAGAAUAGGGUCCUAUUGCAUUGUACAGGUUAUCUGAAAUUAAGCAUUUUUCUUUGGCCUCUUUAAAUAUUGUACAUUGGAUGAUUAUGUGUUUUUAUAAUAUUUAUUUUACAUGAAGGGUUUAUAAAAGGUUCUGAAUUUUCCACCAUGUGUGACCAAUUCUGUGUCUUUUCUGUGAUUUCUGUAUAACCUAUUGACUUGAAACUGUUGAGUUAUGAUCAGAGUUCAACUGAGGUUUAAUAUUUCUUAGAUUUUAGUUUUUCUCUCCCAAGCUGUAAUAAUAACAUUGAAUAUAAAAGUCACUAUUAUUUAUUUUCUUCACAUUUUACUAUUAAUUUAUUGUAAGCAGAGCAAUGUGCCAAUGUGCAUAUUAUAAUCUCUAUUGUGCUAAUAUUCCAAUGUGAUAUUUGUAUUUUAUCAAAUAUAAUUUUUAACAAUUUCUUUUUUAAACUAUAUAAUGUCAAAAUUGUAAAUAGU